GUGUGUGAGGGGAGGAGGCUGGGGCUGAGCGUGGUACUACGACGGGCGCGGGCCGGAGGGGGCGGGGGGAUGCGCCGCGGCGGCGGCGGCGGCGGCGGCGGCGGCGGCGGCGGCGGCGGCGGCGGCGGCGCGGGCGCUGGGUUUGGUGUUCCGAGGCGUCAGAGCAGCGGAUUCCGGUCUCGCCGCCGCACUAGCGCGAGUGUCGCGCGCGGCCUGAAGACACCGAGCCUUUCUGCCGCUCACCUUUUUUUUUUUUUUUUUUUUUUUUUUGAAUAACCGGAACCAAUGAACGCAGCCGGGACCCGAGCUCCGGAGGCCGCCGGUGCCCAGGGAAUCGCAUCGGCGCCCGGCGGGAGCCCGCGUCUCCGGCGGCGGGGGCGGCCAGCGGAGUCGCGGGCGGCCGGCGGGGCGGGCGGGUGGCCGGCCUGGCGCUGGCGGCUGCUGCUGCUCGGGCUCCUGCUGGCCGGCGCGACGGACGGAUGCGAGCUGGUGCCCCGGUACCUCCGCGGGCGGCGGGCGGCGGGCUCGGCCGCGGCAGCCGCCGCCUCCUCCCCCGCGGCGGGCGACGGCCCGGCGCUCAUGACAGAUCCCUGCAUGUCAUUGAGUCCACCCUGCUUCACAGAAGAAGAUAGAUUUAGUCUGGAAGCCCUUCAAACAAUACACAAACAAAUGGAUGAUGACAAAGAUGGUGGAAUUGAAGUAGAUGAAAGUGAUGAAUUCAUCAGAGAAGAUAUGAAAUACAAAGAUGCCACCAAUAAGCACAGCCACCUGCACAGAGAAGACAAGCACAUAACAGUUGAGGAUUUAUGGAAACAAUGGAAAACAUCAGAAGUUCAUAAUUGGACCAUUGAGGACACCCUUCAGUGGUUGAUAGAAUUUGUUGAACUACCCCAGUAUGAGAAGAAUUUUAGAGACAAUAAUGUAAAAGGAACAACGCUUCCUAGGAUAGCAGUGCAUGAACCUUCAUUUAUGACCUCACAGUUGAAAAUCAGUGACCGGAGUCAUAGACAAAAACUUCAGCUGAAGGCAUUGGAUGUGGUUUUGUUUGGACCUCUAACACGCCCUCCUCAUAACUGGAUGAAGGAUUUUAUCCUCACAGUCUCUAUUGUAAUUGGUGUUGGAGGGUGCUGGUUUGCUUACACACAGAAUAAGUCAUCAAAAGAGCAUGUUGCAAAAAUGAUGAAAGACUUAGAGAGUCUACAAACUGCAGAGCAAAGUCUAAUGGACUUACAGGAAAGGCUUGAAAAGGCCCAAGAAGAGAACAGAAAUGUUGCUGUAGAAAAGCAAAAUCUAGAACGCAAAAUGAUGGAUGAAAUCAAUUUCGCCAAGGAGGAAGCUUGCCGGCUGCGAGAACUAAGGGAAGGUGCUGAGUGUGAACUGAGUAGACGUCAGUAUGCAGAGCAGGAAUUGGAACAGGUUCGAAUGGCUCUAAAAAAGGCCGAAAAAGAAUUUGAACUCAGAAGCAGCUGGUCUGUUCCAGAUGCACUUCAAAAAUGGCUUCAGUUAACACAUGAAGUCGAAGUACAGUACUAUAAUAUUAAAAGACAGAAUGCGGAAAUGCAGCUAGCUAUUGCUAAGGAUGAGGUUGCUGCUUCAUAUCUGAUUCAGGCAGAGAAAAUUAAAAAGAAGAGAAGCACAGUCUUUGGGACGCUGCAUGUAGCACACAGCUCCUCCCUAGAUGAAGUAGACCACAAAAUUCUGGAAGCAAAGAAAGCUCUCUCUGAAUUGACGACUUGUUUACGAGAACGCCUUUUUCGUUGGCAACAGAUUGAGAAGAUCUGUGGCUUUCAGAUAGCCCAUAACUCAGGACUUCCUAGCCUGACUUCUUCCCUUUAUUCUGAUCAUAGCUGGGUGGUGAUGCCCAGAGUCUCCAUUCCACCCUAUCCAAUUGCUGGAGGAGUUGAUGACUUGGAUGAAGACACACCCCCAAUAGUGUCACAGUUCCCUGGGACCAUGGCUAAACCUGCUGGAUCACUAGCCAGAAGCAGUAGCUUGUGUCGCUCCCGUCGCAGUAUUGUGCCGUCCUCACCGCAGUCUCAGCGCUCGCAGCUCCCUCCACACGCUCCAGCCUCAGCACACCCACGGCACCCCCACCAUCCCCAGCACUCACAGCACUCCUUGCCUUCCCCCGAUCCAGAUAUCCUCUCAGUGUCAAGUUGCCCAGCUCUUUAUCGAAAUGAAGAGGAGGAGGAGGCUAUUUACUUCUCAGCUGAAAAGCAAUGGGAAGUACCAGACACAGCUUCAGAAUGUGACUCCUUGAAUUCUUCCAUUGGAAGGAAACAGUCUCCGCCCUCAAGCCUUGAAAUAUACCAAACGUUGUCACCUCGAAAGAUAUCAAGGGAUGAGCUCUCGCUAGAGGAUUCAUCCAGAGGAGAGUCACCCAUCACUGCAGAGAUCUCUCGGGGAUCUCCUGAUUGUGUAGGCCUGACAGAAACUAAGAGUAUGAUCUUCAGUCCUGCAUGCAAGGUGUACAAUGGCAUCUUGGAGAAAUCCUGUAGCAUGAACCAGCUUUCCAGUGGCAUCCCGGUGCCUAAGCCUCGCCACACAUCAUGCUCCUCUGCUGGCCAUGACAGUAAACCAGCGCAGGAGCUGCCGAAUGUUGCCAGGAUAAGCAGCAUCCCACAUGACCUUUGUCAUAAUGGAGAGAAAAGCAAAAAGCCAUCAAAAAUUAAAAGCCUUUUUAAGAAGAAGUCGAAGUGAACUGACUGACUUAAUGGGGAUUCCAUUCGAGUGGCAUCUUGAAACUUUUAUGUUCCACCCUUCACCCCCUUUUAUGUUUUAAUUUUAGGAAUGUAACUCCAUUGGGGCUUUCCAAACUGGAUGCCAUAGUGAAAUGUCCCUUAAGGGCAACUGUCUACUGUCUACUUAUUUAAAUGACUCUGUAAUCAAUUUGUCAAGCCAGUUAUUACUGAAAAUUCAUUAAGAGAUGAGACAGUUUACAGUCAUUUCUGCCUAUUUAUUUCCGCUUUGUUAUUAGUGAUGUACAUACAGCCUUUUGUCGAAAGCCACUAUGGACUUACAAGCUUUAAUGGACUAGUAAGCCAGCAUGGGCUUGCAAACAUUUUUUUCUUGUUUACCAGAGCAUCUUCUUAUCUUUCCACAGAGCUAUUUACAUCUUGGACUAAAUAACUUAAAGAAGUAAAACUAAUUGCACUACUGUUUUCUAGACUGGAAAACAAAACAAAACAAAAAAAAUUUUAAAAAAAUCUCUGCAAGUGAAACUGUUUAGAGUUUAUAAAAUGACUAUGGGUAGGGAACUGUUUUCAUUUUUAGAUUAAAAUGGAUUUUUAAGUAGAACCUAGGAUUUCUAAUUGACUUGAUUUCCGGAAAUGAACACCCAUGCUUUUAUUAUGGGAAGCUUCUUUAAAUGUGUUUAAUAUUAUAAAGUUUCAAGUCCUGCUGUAAAGAUCAUGUUGUCUUGUUUUUCCCAGGGCUUUCACUGUGAUUUACUGCAUUGCAGGCUGUAUCAUAAACUAUAAAUAAUUCAAAGGAAGAAAGUUCUUAAUUCCUUAUGCAAGUGGAAGAAUUGAAACUUGAUUGAAGGGCUUACAACAUUCACAAGCUUAAACUGAGGUUGGGGGCUUUGGGGGUUCAGACACUUGUUUACAGACUUUGAAUAACUGCAAAGAACUUCUGGUUUGUGAAAAAUUUGUACUGUGGAAAAGAUAAUAAAUUGGAAACAUUA